UUUUGUGCCUUGAAAUCGCAGCGGGGUUUGGAGCAGGUUUCCUCCGAGCUUGGGCAGCCUUGCUUUUCGCCUGCCCUUCCCACGCGCGUGCGCGGAUGGGGAGCCAGAGGAACGAGGGACUUGUGCUCCCGCACGGGCACUGACGUAGGAGCGCGCUCACCAAACAGACUCUGCCCCGUCCCCGCAGCCCGGCCGGCGCUCUGCCCCGCGCUCCGCCGCCGAGGAUGGAGCUGUGACCGGACGCCCAGCCCCGGCGCGGCAGAUGGAAGGGAAAACCUCUCCGCCCUGCGCAUCGCCCAGCAGCCUCCCGGCCAGCCUCCAUGCCUCGCCAGCCAGCAGCAUCUUCACUGCCCGGCCCGUGCAGCCUCGAGAAAGCGUCCUGGGCAUCAGCUUCAAGCCCUACAGCCCCGAGUCCGGCCCGGCGCCGACCCCCUGCGCGGCCGGUGAGAGCACACAGUCCUCCAUGUUCAGAGCUCCCUGCAUGAGCCAGAGGCGCCUCGCGCUCAUCUUCUGCGUCUCCGUCCUCAUCGUGCUGCUCGCCGCCCUCAUCCUGCUGUUUCUGUUCUGGCGGUCGCAGACGGGCAUCGUGUACAGGGAGCCCGCCGAGAGCUGCAAGGACAGCCCCGUGCGCUGCGACGGCGUCGCCGACUGCUCCCAGCGCAGCGACGAGCUGGGCUGCGUGCGGUUCGCCUCCGACCAGUCCGUGCUGCACGUCUACUCCAGCACCGAGAGCCAGUGGCUGCCGGUGUGCAGCAGCGCCUGGGACGACUCCUUCUCCAGGAAGACCUGCCAGCAGCUGGGAUUUCAGAAUGCGUCGCAGACGGAGUACGUCCCCCUGCACGUCCCCGGCAAGAGCCUCAGCGUGACCGAGGCGCGGGACACCAUCCAGCAGAGCCUCAACAGCUCCCAGUGUCCCACGGGGAAGUACGUCUCCCUGCGAUGCACAAGCUGCGGGCAGCGGAUCUCCGGCCGGAUCAUCGGGGGGAAGGAGACUUCGGCCAGCAAAUGGCCCUGGCAAGUCAGCGUGCAGUACGGGCCGGUCCACGUCUGCGGCGGCACCAUCAUCGACGCGCAGUGGGUGCUCACCGCGGCCCACUGCUUCUUCAUGAACAGCAUGAAGGUCCUCGAGGACUGGCGGGUGCACAGCGGCGUCUCCGACCUGAAGCAGCACUCGGAGGGCGUCCCCGUCUCCCAGGUCAUCAUCAACUCCAACUACAGCGACGACCACGACGACUACGACAUCGCGCUCAUGAAGCUCUCCCGGCCGCUGACGCUCUCCGCCCAGGUGCGCCCCGCCUGCCUGCCCAUGCACGGCCAGCGCUUCGAGACCGGCAGGUCCUGCUUCAUCACCGGCUUCGGGAAGACGAGGGAAAACGAAGAUAACACCGCCCCGAGGCUGCGCGAGGCCGAGGUGAAGCUCAUCGACUACAAGGUGUGCAACAGCGACAAGGUGUACGAGGGCUACCUGACGCCGCGCAUGAUGUGCGCCGGGUACCUGCAGGGCGGCAAGGACGCCUGCCAGGGCGACAGCGGGGGGCCCCUGGUCUGCGAGGACAGCGGCCGCUGGUACGUGGCCGGGGUGACGAGCUGGGGCACGGGCUGCGGCCAGAAGAACAAGCCGGGGGUGUACACGCGGGUGACCAAGCUCCUCAGCUGGAUAUACAGCAAAAUGGAGAGCGAGAACGACUAAGGCCAAGCAAGUGCCCGCGCCAGCCGCACCGCGCCGCUGGGGCAGAGCUCCCCUCCCGCGACCUCCGCCGGGGACCUGCCGCCGCUCCCGCGCUUCGGAGACGCGGUGCCCCGCACGCACCGCGCAGCCCUCGCCCGGCGCGAGGGAGAUGCCGCCGGCGGCCGCGGGGCCCCCUCUCCUCCCGGCGCCGCACGAGCGCUGUCCCGCACGGAGACGCGUCCCGCGAGGGUGCACGCCCGGGGGCAGCAGAGCCCGGAGCCCGGCUGCCCGCGAGGCCGUGCAUCCCGAUUCCCCGGGGCUGUGCAUCCCGAUUCCCCGGGGCGGCCGGCCCAGGGCGCUCCCGCCGCAGAGCGGCAUCGUCCUCCGGGCAGAGCAGGGCUUGCUCUCGUGCCUGCAGGUGGGGAGGGAGCAGGAAGAGCCCCGCAGGAUCAAAAAUGCCUAUUGAUACAUUUUCCUACGUGGUGGAAAAGGCCCGGCCAAGCGCUCGCUGCUGGGACCGCUCGCAGCCGGCCUCGGGCCCGUCCUGGGCAGGACACAGAGAGCCGGCGCUCAGGGCACGCGGUCCGACCGGAGGCCACGCGUGCCGGACGGACGGAGACCGGCCGCCCCUUGGCAGGGCCGUGCCGCGCUGGCGGGGCUCCUGGGCUCCACUCCCAAUAAACGCCUCCGUGGUGCUCCGCGUGGA